AUGAGCUUCAAUAGCUUGUUAGUAAUCCUCUCACUGUCAUCACUACUUCCGGCCUUCGGCGUAAAUGGUGCAUCAAGAAACGGAUUGUUGCUCGAUCCGAAUAGCAUACUAAAAACCGUUAAGAGUGAAGGUGGCGAGGUCAUUGAUUGUGUGGAUAUCUACAAGCAACCGGCUUUUCGCCAUCCACGGCUCGCAAAUCACACUCUUCAAAUGAAACCCAGUUCGUACCCAAUUGGGAUCAAACCAAAGGGACCAUUACAGUCGGAUAAUUCUUCGGUGGUGAGCUUCCAAAGGUGGCGCAAGAACGGAGAGUAUUGUCCCGAGGGAACCAUCCCAAUUUUGAGAUCGUCGGAGGAGAACUUCCGGCGAAAAAAUGGACAUCCUCUGGGAUCUUCGACCAACUCAUUAACGCCGGCGGGCGAUGUAGCCGAGUUUGCUGUAGCGUUUUUGCCUGGAUCCAACUUCCAUGGAGCAAUUGGUGAAAUUAAUGUAUGGAACCCGAAAACUCUUAAAAAUGAAUUGAGUGCAGCUCAGUUCUGGGUUACCGAUGGUGGAGGCAGCAGUAUCGACUCAAUUGAGGCUGGCUGGAGGGUCACAGAUCUUACCAAUUAUCCGAGCCUCUUCAUAUAUUAUACUCCCGAUGGAUACAAAACAGGAUGUAUGAAUUUACUUUGCCCUGGCUUUGUUCAAACCAACCACAAGAUCGCGCUUGGUGCCGAAGUACAGCCUCCUUCCACUUAUGGCGGGGCGCAAUACCUGCUCCAAAUGACAAUCCACAGGGAUGAUCAGAAUGGAAACUGGUGGUUCAAUCUGAAUGGUGAAGACGUGGGAUAUUGGCCGGCAAACCUCUUCAACGGCGGCCUGAGGGGAACGGCGAGUCUACUCGAGUGGGGAGGCGAGAUUGUGAACUCGAACCCACGAGGGUUCCACACGUCUACUGAAAUGGGGAGCGGCCAUUUCCCCAGCGAAGGAUAUGGCAAAGCAGCUUGGUUUAGGAACUUGAAAUAUAUAACAGAUGGUGGUCGUGUCAAAGAUGCUAAGGGCAUAACAGGACAGGCGACAAGGCCAGCUUGUUACGACAUACAAGUGCAGAAAUGGGAACAGGACAUGGGGAUACAUUUUUACUAUGGGGGUCCUGGGUUUUCGCCUGCUUGCAUGCAUUGAUCGUAAAGAUCGAUUAUCGAAUAUGAUAUAUGUAUGAAUAAUCGUAUUAAAAAAAAAUAAUAUGAAAAUUUUCUCUCGAA